GCCGCUGCCGCCGCCGCCGCCGGGGUUAACUCCUCCCUGCCCGCCCGCCUGCCCGCCUGCCUGCCUUCGCUCCAGUGCGUGCGGCUGCUGGUGCCUGCUGCGAGUGCCAGCAUGAAGCGUGCGCACCCGGACUACAGCUCCUCAGACAGCGAGCUGGAUGAAACCAUAGAAGUGGAGAAGGAGAGCGCCGAUGAGAAUGGAAACUUGAGUUCGGCUCCUGGUUCUAUGUCUCCAUCUACCUCUUCGCAGAUACUGGCUAGAAAACGGCGCAGAGGCAUCAUUGAGAAACGCCGACGAGAUCGAAUCAAUAACAGUUUGUCGGAGCUCCGGAGAUUAGUACCCAGUGCUUUUGAAAAGCAGGGAUCUGCUAAACUAGAAAAAGCAGAAAUUCUGCAGAUGACCGUGGAUCAUCUCAAAAUGUUGCAUUCAGCUGGGGGAAAAGGCUAUUUUGAUGCUCAUGCUCUUGCCAUGGACUACCGGAGUUUAGGAUUUAGAGAAUGCCUGGCUGAAGUUGCUCGUUACCUUAGUAUCAUUGAAGGGCUAGACACGUCUGAUCCUCUCCGGGUUCGACUUGUGUCUCAUCUCAACAAUUAUGCCUCUCAGCGGGAAGCUGCCAGUAGCUCACACUCAGGCAUUGGACAUAUUCCCUGGGGCAGUGCCUUUGGACAUCCCCCUCACAUCUCUCAUCCCUUGCUGCUGCCCCCACCACCGCCCCAGAAUGGCCACAGCACCACCAGCAGUACCACCACAUCUUCCACAGAAGCACACCACCAGGGGAGAAUGACAGCAUCCCAUGCUGACACCACUUCCUUGAGAGUGCCCCCUAAUGGCAGCCUCGGACCCGUGCUCCCAGUGGUUACUGCCUCUUCCAAACUCUCUCCUCCUCUGCUCUCUUCCAUGGCGUCCCUAUCUGCGUUCCCCUUCUCCUUUGGUUCCUUCCACUUAUUGUCCCCGAAUUCACUGAGCCCUUCAGCACCAACACAGGCAACAAACCUUGGCAAGCCUUAUAGACCCUGGGGGACUGAGAUUGGAGCUUUUUAAGGAACUAAAGCUUUAGGAGGGAUGGGGGGAAAGCUUAAAAAUCCAGCUGAGCUGGGUUGUUGCCAACAUUACCCUAAAAUUAUCACUAAAAGUUAAAAGGAAAAAGGUACCAUUUUAGAUGAAAUGUGUCUAAGAACUAUAAAACUUUGUUGGUUUUCUUUCUAUCUCUUUUUGGUUUUUAUAUUUUGUGUUAGUUUUUUUUUAACUAGUUGCUAAACUUGUCCAAAACAUUAAAUUGCAAUGGUGGGCAUAAACCAACAUCCUGUGAUGGGCUUGUGCUAAAUGUCUAAUCCACUUUGUAAACAUGUAUUAUUGUUUCAAAAUGAUUUCAUUUUUGCCUGAAAACUUUGGAACUUUUAACCUUAGGAUUUUGUUCUCUUUAUUUUUCUUGUAUAGCUAGAACUUAUUAGAUUUUUUUUUUCCAAUCCACUAUGCUCAACAUUAACAUAAAUUCUGCUUGUGAAUAUUUUGACAGGUUAAGAUGUUCUAUAAUAAAUUACCAUUUUGGGGGGUGGGUAAUCUAUAUUCUGAGUUUUAUAUUUCUGAACAAAGCGUUGACAAAUCAGAACAAUCAGCUUCAUCCAAGAAAAGAAGAAUGAACUGUUUUUCUCUUACAGCAGAUGGGUGAAUUUUAUGGGUACCCAAUUUGGAUCCUUGACCAAACUGCUUUAAGAAUGUAGUGUGAUUGACAGCUUUCACUUAGGGGAUAACUCCUCCUAGCCCCCCAGAAGUCAGGAUUUGAAGUGUCUUAUGUAAACCACUGGGGGUGGGAGAAGAGACAGCUGGGAGACUAAAAUUACAGAACACAACCAGCCUGAAUUUAUCAGCUUUUACCAAUAUUCUGAAUAUCUUCAUUCUCAAGAACUUCAAAUUCACUCGAAAUAUUACAAUGGAUAAUGAUCCUGGCGAAAUAUUACAAUGGAUAAUGAUCCUGGCGUGCUAGAGGUCUUUCAAGUAGUCCUGUGGAAACAUUGAAUAUAAUAUUGUUCUCUUCCCCAUUUCCCUCCCCUUGUAUUCUUUUACCUGGAAAACUAUUAUCUGUCACUUUCCAGUGCCCAGGAAUUUGGUGAUUGAGAACUCUAAAAGGGCUUUUCUGCAUUCUUGUUAUGGUUUGUUUUAACUUGGUUCCAUUUGGGAAAGUAGCAUUUUAAACAGGUUUAUUUCUUUCAAAGUUAUAUUUUUAAGUGGCCUCCACUGAACUGGGUUUGAUCUUGGUUGUAUUGAUGUGUUGUGAUUAAAUAAAAAGAAAAGAAAGAGCGUCUGCAUUUCAAUGUACAUGUGCUGUUUACCAUGCCAGCAGGGGAAUCCUAUA